UAAGAUGAUUUCUUAUUUUAAUUCAGUCUUGUUAUUGUUGUGCUUGGGGUGUGUGAAUGGUGACUGGCAAUUCAGGUCCAGACCUGAUUUGGCCCCUCCUCGUUUGAAUAUUACAAUUCCUGCAAAUGGAACCUCAGAAGGCUACUUAUUUGUUGCUCCUUUCACUGGUUUUGAUGCCAUUGGUAAUUCCCAUGGUCCUAGACAGGCAGCUCCAUAUAUCUUCACUGAUACUGGAGACCUUGUUUGGUCGGGAUACACUUACUUUUCCAUUUGGGCUGCAAACUUUCAGGCUGCGAAACUCCACGGGAAAGACGUUUUAUUCUCAUUUGAAGGCUCCCACAACCCGGAUUAUGGUCAUGGCCAUGGUCAUAUUACUUUCUUGGACCAGAACUAUGAGACCAUUAGGGAAUUGCGCGCUGGGAACCACAAGAUUUUUGACAAACAUGAAUUCCAAAUUAUCGAUGAGAAGACAGGUUUGGCUCAGAUAUACCAGCCGCGUCCUGCUGACUUGAGCAAGUGGGCUGAUUCUAAAGAACAACAGUGGAUUGUUGAUGCCAUUUUCCAGGAGGUGGAUAUUGAAACUGGUGAGGUAGUAUUUGAAUGGUCUUCUUUGGACCAUGUGUCUCCGGAUGAAUCGGUUCUUCCUAUCAACUUAGGUCAGGUAGGAAGUGGUUUCAACUCCAGUGAUGCUUGGGAUUACUACCACAUCAACUCGGUCGACAAGGACCAAAAUGGUGACUACCUUCUCUCAGGGAGACAUUGUGCCUCUAUCUACAAGAUUGACGGAAAAACGGGAGAAGUUGUUUGGAAACUUGGAGGUGUUCCCGGAGUGACCACUUCAGACUUUGAGUUACAAGGCUUCAACUUCUCGUUCCAGCACCAUGCUCGGGCUUUGUACACAUCGCCAGACUCCACCAAGCAGGUGAUUUCGUUGUAUGACAAUUCUGCCCACGGAAGUGAAGAUAAUAAAGGAAGGCAGGUUCAAUACAACUCUCAUUCGAGUAGUAAGAUCAUUGAAAUCGAUACCACCACCUGGACUGCCAAGCUUUUAUUCAAUGGAAUUCCUCCAGAUAAUCUUCUUUCUAAGUCUCAGGGAUCGAGUCAAGUUUUACCUGAUGGUCACGUUGUGGUGAACUGGGGUUCACAAGGAGCUGUUACUGAGUUUGAUGCUGAUGCCAACCCCAUCUUCCAUGCUUACUUGGAUUCAGGUGAAUUGGGACUCAAAGUUCAAAACUAUCGGGCUUUCAAGUUUAAUUGGACAGGAAUCCCCAAUGAACAGAUUGCCUUGUAUAGUGAAUCCAAUGAAGAUAAGUCCACCAGCUUGUAUGUAAGCUGGAACGGAGACACACAAACUAGAGUGUGGAAAUUCUUCACUGUGGAUGCCGAUACAAGAACCUAUAUUGGAGAAGCCCACAGAAGAACCUUUGAAACUGUGUUUACAAUUCCCAAAACUAUCUCCAGCAAGGUCAUUGCUGAAGCUUAUGGGGCUUCGGGAGAACUUUUGGCCAGCUCUGCUGAGGUUUUGUCUGUUACUGCUGUUAGAGAGUAUCUGCAUCAGAGAAUUGAAAUCCAACAGGAGUCACACCAAAGCUAUUUCAACUGGAGAGAAGCUUUUGGAGGGUUUUAGGUGUUUUCGCCAGGUUAGUUUUAAACUGAAUAUUAGUUUAUACGUUAAGUGAAUAUAUUAACACAAGA